AUGAAACAAAUACAUAUACGUAAAUACUCUAAAUCUACAGACGAGUUAUUCAAAGAAUUCUUCUGUGUUAGCGAUGUCUAUGCUAACAGACAUCUUUCGCUUUUUCCGACAUAUACAAUGUACGCAUCUGUAUCGCAAACAUGCGGCGCUGACGAUUUCCGAUGUAACAAUGGCCGAUGUAUUGAAGGCUCACGCCGAUGCGACCGUGUUGUGGACUGUCCUUCUCAGGAAGAUGAACAAAACUGCGAAUGCAGAUCGAACGAGUUCCGUUGUGUGUCCGAUGGAUUCUGCAUAGAAAGCAGAAAACGUUGCGACGGUGUCAACCACUGCAUCGACAACUCUGAUGAAAUAGACUGCGGUGAGCAUGUCUGUCAAAGCAGUGGGAGGUUUCGUUGCAAGGAUGGCACCUGUAUCUCUAUACUACUUAGAUGUGAUGGUUUUAGGGACUGCAAGAAAGAUGGCAGCGAUGAAGAUGAUUGUCCAUGCGGCCCGGAAUAUUGGCAAUGCGACUUUGGAAGUUGCAUUAAGCGUAGUAAGCGCUGUAACGGCCGUGUGGAUUGUCCCACUGACAGAUCCGAUGAAAGGAAUUGUUUUGCAAGUGGAUUCUUUAGAUGCAGAAACGGCAAGAUCUUAUCUCAUAGUCAAAGAUGCAAUCGCCAGUAUGAUUGCGACCCUGGAGACUAUUCCGAUGAACAAAAUUGUCCAUGUGGUGUCAACGACUUCAAAUGUGACAAUGGAUACUGCAUUCCCGCAUCCAAACACUGUGACAGAACGCAUGACUGUCAAGAUGGUUCCGAUGAACGCGGUUGCACUUAUGGCACAAUAUGCAUGGCUUAUGAAUAUAAAUGCUCGAGUGGACAGUGCGUGGAAGCUGAUUCCUGGUGCAAUGGAACAAAGGAGUGCGAUGAUGGUUCGGAUGAAAGAAACUGCCCUUGUAAAAGGGACGAAAUCGAAUGUGGGGAUGGUACUUGUAUUAAUAUCGCUUUGAGAUGUAACGGUCGAAAAGAUUGCCAUCCACAUGGGGAAGAUGAGUUCAACUGCGGUUCUCCACGGUGCCCACCCGACAGCUUCGCUUGCGACCCUGACUCAAGCAUUCCAUGCGCAAGACGUUGUGAUGGUAGACAGGAAUGUGACCGGGGUGAAGAUGAGAAGGAUUGCGAUGAAUGCAGCCACGAGUGCGACGGCAGAUGCCUAGAAGACCAACGUGUUUGUGACGGCAUCGCCGAUUGCAGCGAUGCAUCAGACGAACUCUCGUGCGGAUCUUGCGAUGGCCCUAACGACUUCAGAUGUUCAAACGGCGAAUGUAUUAACAUCGCACACCGCUGCAACGGAUUGAGUGACUGCACCGACUCGAGUGAUGAGAUGCAUUGCAAUGAUACUAUGCCACCCAAAGCUGAGUGUAACGAUUACCAAUUCCAAUGUCGAGAUGGAAGCUGCAUUGACAUCCAGUUUUCUUGUGACGGAAACUUUGAUUGCCUUGAUAAUUCAGAUGAAGAUAAUUGCCCCUGGAUUGUGGAGCUGCCAACACCAUCUCCGCCACCGUGCCACGAAUCUGAAUUUACAUGUUAUGACGGCCGAUGCAUUCCACAUGUACGACGCUGUGACAAUAUUUACGAUUGCUCGGACUUCUCUGACGAGCAAAAAUGUUACCACUCUGGCUGCAAAGAGACCGAAUGGCAAUGCACAACAGGACAGUGUAUUCCGAGUCAAGCGUACUGCGAUGGGCGGCAAGAUUGCUCCGAUCUAUCCGACGAAAGAGACUGCAUGACUACUACCUGGUCCCCGCCUAUACAACCACUGUCCACUACCCGCAGCCCUAAUCCUCCCUACACUUAUGCCCCACCGACUCAAUAUCCGUCUACCUUUUAUCCUCGUGAUUACACCACCGUACAACCUGGCGGCUUUGCUGGCUCUUCUCCUAGGCCACCUUACCCUUACCCUCAAAGUGGAGCAGAAACAACAGGAGCAUAUGAUGGAUCCGGAGGAUCAAGAGGACAAGGAAGACCCGGAGGACAAGGAUCAGAUGGGUGCGACUUGAAUCAAUGGCGUUGCGAAAAUGGACCUUGCAUUGAUUCCAAACGAAGAUGCGACGGUCGCGUAGACUGUCCUUACGACCGCAGUGAUGAGCUUGACUGUCCGUCUGACAAUUACACUGCACUGAACCUGAAGACUUACCCAGAAGCACAAACAAUUAGAAAUGGCGGGGACGUUGUCUUCCAAUGUCGUGACGAGGGUCGAAUCCGCGCGCCUGUUCGUUGGGUCAAGGAAGGCGGUAGACCUCUUAAACCUGGUUCUAUAGACCGCAAUGGCCGUCUCGAAAUGAACCAAGUAUCUGUAUCCGACAGCGGCGUCUACAUUUGCCAAGCUCCCAGAUAUUUAGGCUAUCCCGGCUCCGAAGUGAGGGUCACGCUGGUAGUUGAAAAUAAGCCUCAAAUCUCGAACAUACCCUUCCACGCGUGCAAACCAUCUGAGGCAACUUGCGGCAACGGUCAAUGUAUACCUAAAUCGGCGGUUUGCGACGGCAAAGUCGACUGCAGUGACAGAUCCGAUGAAGACUCUUGCAACCAAAACGGACAAUGCGAACCAAACGAGUACCAAUGCUCGAAUGGUAAAUGUGUGCUCAAGACCUGGGUGUGCGACUCCGAAAACGAUUGCGGCGACAACUCGGACGAACGCGACUGCGGCCGCUCUGAGUAUGGACAACUCUGUUCACCUGUCGAGUUCUCCUGCGCUUCGGACAAGCAAUGUAUACCUAAAUCCUACCACUGCGACGGCCACUUCGAUUGCCAGGAUAGCUCCGACGAAAUCGGCUGUGCUCCCGUCCACGUAACUCGUCCGCCUGCACCAUCGAACGUGAGACUUAACCCCGGUGAAAGUCUAGUCUUGGUCUGCGAAGCUGUUGGAGUGCCGAUGCCUCUGAUAUCUUGGCGUCUCAACUGGGGUCAUGUACCACCCAAGUGUACUUCGACUAGCAUCAAUGGGGUCGGAACGCUUACGUGCAACGAUAUGCAACCGGAAGACAGCGGUGCCUACUCCUGUGAGGCUAUCAACAGAAGCGGUACCACCUUCGCCGCACCGGACUCGAUCGUCUAUGUCAACAAGACAGAUGUCUGCCCAACCGGAUACUUUAAUAGCGAGGCCCGUUCGCAAAACGAAUGCAUCCGCUGCUUCUGCUUCGGGGAAUCGAACGUGUGCCGCAGCGCCGAUCUGUUCACGUACAACAUGCCGACACCACUUGGAGAAGGCGGCACCAGGCUGCUCGGUGUCAAACAGACCUACAGCGGCGAAAUACAGAUUGACAAUCAGGCCAUCACCGACCAGUAUUACUACCAAGCUAUGAGGAACGGAGCCACGGUCACCAAACUAGAUUUGGGUUCAUCCUGGCCAAGAAACAGCGACGCACAGCCAUUCCUGACUCUCCCAGAGACUUACAAUGGCAACCAGCUCACUUCCUACGGCGGUCACAUCAGAUACAACCUCUCCCCGCACUCUACAAGAUUUAGUUCUGAUGACACACCUGAUAUUGUAAUAAAGGGCAAGUACCAGAGCCUUAAUUACAAAUACCGCGGGGAAAUCUCACGAGACGCUUACAUUGAAGCCCGUCUUACACCUGGCAACUGGCUGAAGCCUACUUCCAGAGGACCCGAGCCUGCUUCCAGGGAGGACAUUAUGAUGGCUUUGGACAACAUUGAAAUGAUUCUCAUACGCGCGGGCAUAAACAACGCUGGUGUUAACAUUACGGACUUUGCGAUGGAAUCUGCUCAGCACAUCAACGUUGGUCUUGGAGCCGCCAGUCUUGUAGAAGAAUGUACUUGUCCACCUGGAUACGAAGGGUUGUCUUGCCAGAAAUGUGCAGCAGAUCACGUACGUGUGAAGAACGGACCAUGGCUGGGCGACUGUGUGCCCAAGAAGACAUGUCCAGAAGGAACUUAUGGAGACCCUAACAGCGGCUACGAUUGCAAACCAUGCCCAUGUCCGCUUACCAACCGCGGUAAUCAGUUCGCGAGAACUUGUUCCGUUGGAGCUAAUGGCGAAGUCAUCUGUGAUUGUUUCCCUGGAUAUGAAGGACCCGACUGCCGCUAUUGCUCUGAGAACUAUGUUGGUAAUCCAUUAGUCCCAGGAGACUCUUGCAAACCCAAACCCUCAGACAACUGCAAUGCUCUUGGAACAAGUAGUGUCCGCCUUCCAGAUGAAUGUGUAUGCAAGGAUAACGUCCAGGGCCGAUACUGUGAUGAGUGCAAGAAUGGAUCCUUCUAUCUUUCUGAGGACUUCAGGCAUGGCUGUGCCCUAUGCUUCUGUUCUGGAGUCUCACAGCAAUGCAGCAGCAGUACAAAUCUCCGCAGAAAGACCACGACAGUCAGUUUCAAUGUCCCCAACAUAGUCAACCAAGUCAAAGUGUACUCCAGUGCACCGUCUAAUGAAGGUGGUGCUAUAAAAUACAUGGCGCCCACCGAAACAAACCUACAGCCACAGUUGGUCAGGGGUGAAGUCCGACUCUCUAGUUUCGAUAGAUCUCGACCAUCAAUUUACUACUGGAGUUUGCCUCCUAGUUUUGCUGGUGAUAAAGUGACAGCGUAUGGCGGUUAUUUGAGCUACAACCUAAACAAUGUACAACCUUAUGGUCCUAGGAACAAUGCAGCUGAUGUCCAACUUAUAAGUGAUGUUACAUUCCACUAUUUUGGUAACUUUGAACCUAGCAACGACGGAUCAUUGACCGCCAGAGUACAACUGUUAGAAAAGGGAUGGCAGAGACCCGACGGUAAAGAAGUAUCCCGUGAGCACUUCCUCCUGGCUUUAGCUCAUUUGAAGACGAUCUUAGUAAAGGCAUCAUACACUUCCAACGACUUGGCUUCGAUUGCUACUGCCAGCAUUGAGACCGCGGAACCCAAUGGAAAUGGUCCUAUGGCUCUUCACGUGGAACAGUGCGCUUGCCCCACCGGCUACAUUGGAACCUCCUGCGAGAACUGUGCUGCUGGCUACACAAGGAGUAUGAGAGGCCUCUACUUGAAGCAUUGCGACAUUUGCGAAUGUAACGGACACUCCAACAUGUGCCACCCUGAGACCGGAGAGUGCUUCGACUGUGCCGACAACACCGAUGGAGUCAACUGCGAAUAUUGCAAAGAUGGAUACGUCAAGGACGCAUACGGAAAUUGUGUAUACGAAGCUACCACAUCUAUGUUCUGCGACUGUGAUCCUCGCGGAGAAGAAGCACCUUGCGAUAGUUCAGGCUACUGUAGGUGCAAACAGAACGUCGAAGGAACCUCCUGCGACAAAUGCCGUCCUGGUACCUUCGGACUGGACGCCAGCAAUGCCCUCGGUUGCCUCUCUUGCUAUUGCUCUGGAGCAACCACCGAUUGUCAUGAAGCAACGCACUAUUCGAGAAUACCGAUGGCGGCACCGAUCUUCGGCGAGAAUAACGGAGGCUACAGUCUUAUGGACUUGUAUGCGUCCGAGGUUAUCAACGACCAGUUCGUGCCCGUGCCGCACGAGAGCGAGCUAAUGUACGUGUUUUCGUCCAGGCCGGAUAAGGAACUCUACUGGUCUCUGCCCGGUUUUCCAGGUAACCGAGUUCUGUCAUAUGGAGGCACUUUGGCGCUGACACAGAAGUACGAAACAGGAGGCAUACCGGAUCAGGCCACUGCAAUGAUCAUUCUGGUCGGCGAUGGUAAAUCCGUCUACUGGAGAAGUCCCACACCAAUACCGUCUGGUGAAGCCAUGAGCUUCCAAGUGCCUCUUCGGGAAAGUGGUUGGUACCUUCUAAACACAGCGGUACCGGCCAGCCGCGAGGACUUCAUGUUCGUUCUGAAGGACCUCAAGAGGGUCUUAGUGAAGGCGACUCUGUCACCUAACAUCACAUCUUCGGCAAUUGCCGAUGUAUCUAUGGACACCGCUACCGAGAUGUACGACAAUGGAGCGCAAGCAGCUAAGGGAGUUGAGAUUUGCAUGUGUCCCGAGGGUUACAUGGGAACUAGUUGUGAGAACUGCAUAUCGGGAUACUACAAAGACGCGACAGGUUAUUGCAGACAAUGCAACUGUAAUGGUCACGAUUGUCAACUGGGCGUGUACGAUGAGGUUGUGUGCAACUGUCGCCCACCGUAUACCGGACCGAACUGCGCUACUGUUGGGUUGAUCAUGGAACUGCAUCCGAAAAUCCACGACAAUGGCGACUCUAAUUCAUUACUGCGCAAGGUCACAUUCACUUGCAAGUAUAGAGCGCCGGAGCCGCUUACUAUAAAGUUCUACUUCGAGGGUCGUGAAAUGGCGCACCCGAAGUAUUACAACGAGUCCAGGCUCUUUAAAGACGGAUGGCGCGGUGAACACAGCUGGCAAACGAUGUGGGAUACGAGGCACCAGGGGGAGAUUUACGAGUGUCGGACCAUUACGGAAAGGGGCUUUACCCUUGGGGUGUUGACUACGACCUUGCCGGAGAAAGCCGGAGAACCGUCCGUCAAUGAAACAACUCUGCCGCCGCCACCCCAUUCGACGGUCUCCGUAAGGAUUGCCAGCCCGACAAUAAAGAUCCAAGAAGUUGGCAGCACUGUCAACUUCACCUGUGAAGCACAAAGCCGGUACACCAAUAACGCACUGCCAGUCAACUGGACCAAGGUUGACGGGUACCUGCCUCUAGAACGGACAUACAUCAACUACAGAACUGGAGAGCUGCUCAUAACGAAUCUGCAGAUCUCCGACAGUGGACAGUAUAUCUGUCAGACAAGCGAUGGAAUUUCCACUGGACAGGCUAUUGCGACCCUCAAAGUGCCCGGCAACGAGAUGACGCUACCAACGGUGACAAUUAGACCGACAAUUAACGAAUACUACGAAGGCGAUAGAAUCGAACUGGAGUGCCAGGCGACUGGCAACCCGGCACCGAGAAUCACUUGGCAGAGAGCGUCCAACAGACCCUUACCGAGAGCCUCCCGCUAUGAUACAUAUUUCGUUAUUGACAGCGCAAUUGUGGAAGAUUCUGGAGAAUACAGAUGCAUUGCCUCCAACGCCGUUGGUUCUACCGACCGCUCAGCCAUCGUGAACAUACGUCCAAGACCUUCGAGGCCCCAACGGGAACGGCUCACGGUCUCAACUCCCUCUGUCAACGUGACGGAGGGACAAAGCACUCGUGUUGUAUGUACGGGAACCACUAACGUGCCAGCCGGUUCAAUUGAAUGGAUCAGACAAGAUGGCGCCCGUCUCCUAAACAAUGUGCGGUCGGACAAUGGCGUUUUGUACAUCGACUACGCAACCCAAAACAACCAGGGUAUCUACAUCUGUCAAACCCUGUCCACCGAUAUUGUGCCGAUACCAGUUGUGGUGACCAUCAUACCCAUCGGCACACCAUCACCAGCCGAAGCUUCCAAUAUUACGGUUUCUGUGAAUCAAGUUAAGAUCCCAACGGGCGGCAGUGGAUCUGUGGAUUGCAGUCCUCUUGGAAACCCGUUGCCUUUGAUUAGAUGGACGAAGUACCAAGGCGAGUUCGGACCUGGUGUUAGCCAACGCGACCACACCCUCCUUAUAUCCAACGCUCAAGAAAGCGACCAGGGCUAUUACCUGUGCGAAGGAUCCGUCGAUGGAACCCCUGUUGCCAACAUUUACGUUUACGUCGAAAUUGAAAAGCGUGAAAAGCCGCGCGUGGAGAUCUGGCCGCAGGGCGAACAAGCGGUCGCCUUGGGCGGGCGUUUCGACCUGAUGUGUCGCGUGAUGGCCGGUGCUCCUGAGCCGGUGGUAAUGUGGUCAAGAGGAGGGGCACGUGCACUCUCCCCCCACGCACAGAUAAAGCCGCAGCACGUGCUCAGUUUCGAGAAUAUCGAGGUGAACGACGAGGGAGAGUACAUUUGUACAGCGACCAAUGACGCGGGCAUGUCCAGUGCGAGCGCGGUGCUCAAAGUCCGAUCCCCACCGGAGAUCAUCAUCACCCCUAGCAACUUCGUGCAAGUGGUCCACGGUGAUCCUAUCAACGUGGAGUGCCGUGCCAACGGAUACCCACAGCCUAUGGUUUCCAUUAAAAAGAGUCGAGAACUUCGGGAAUUGAUGGCGCCAGCCCUAGGAAUCGCCGCGCUCCGAGUCAAUUCAGCGACAGACCGCGAUGACGGCGAAUACGUUUGCACAGCGACAUCUGCCGCCGGCACCAUAGACGAACAGUUUGCAGUACGUGUAGACAGAGGCGACGGCGGAUUUGGUGACAACGAGGGCAGCGGUGAAGGCGAAAUAGACAUAGACAAAGGGUACGAUUAUGACAACAGACCCACAAACAGUAUCGCGAUCGAAGGCAGGGAUGCCAGGAUUAGUUGUAAUGCAUCCUCCGAGUUCGAAGUGAGAUGGCGCAAGGCUAACAGGAGACCAAUGGGUUACAACGUAAACAACAGAGGCUCCGAGCUUAUUAUCAGAAAUGCAUCGAAAGCGGAUUCAGGCGUAUACGAGUGUCUUCUUGUGAACCGGUAUACCGGCGAAGUCCAGCACGCAACGGCAAUCAACCUAUCAGUAAUGGCGGCGCCCACUAUUACCCUGAGACCUCUCACUCAAACCGUACAACCUGGUCAGUCGCCAACCGUCGAGUGUGUGGUCAGCGGUGACGAUAUACUGGACAUCAUUUGGAAGCCUGUCAACAGGCAACCGUCGAGUCGCGUUGAGAUCCGAGGUUCGACUCUGAUCUUCCAUCAAAUCGAAGUAGAGGAUGCCGGCCAAUACGAGUGUUUCGCACGCAACACGUUCGCUAACGCGUCCGCAGUUGCCGAGGUCAUAGUCAGCGAAGAGAGUGACGGGGCCAUGUUGGAGUCGCACGAUAACGAGCAGACGGCCCACGUUGGUGCCGCCGUACACCUCAGCUGCAACGUCACCCAACCGAACCUACGCAUCCGAUGGACCAAAGACGGAAUGACGCUUCCAAGAUCCGCCAGACAGAAAAACGACGGAUCCCUCUUCAUCCGUCUCGCGCAGAAAUCGGACAGCGGACGCUAUAUUUGCAUCAUAAACGAUGAAUACGGCAGGCAGACGAGCAAUUACAUCAAUCUACACAUCGAGGGUAAUGAAUGCUUGAAAACUCAAUUUCGUUGUAACGACGACACCGGUUGCAUAGACGAAAAGCUGCUAUGCGACGGAUUCAGCGAUUGUCAGGAUUCUAGCGACGAGGAGAACUGCCUUGUGAAAGAUGAUCGUUUCCCGGAAACUCUCACGGACACUUACCUUAACGCCGCUGGACCACGGGAAGAAGCACCAGCACUAGUCGCUAUUGAACAACCCAGAAGGCAAUACAGAGUUGGGGAGAAUGUGGAGGUUAUGUGUAAGAGCGUAUCUAGGGACACCAGGGUGACCUGGGAACGAUAUGGCACCAAUCAAUAUGUAGAAUCAAGGACGUAUGGUGACGGCGCAUUGCUGCUGUUGCAAGGUGUUGAGGAAUCCGACGCUGGAUUGUACAGGUGUACUGGACGCGACCCUUACGGAAGGACAUUCUACGACGACUUCAACCUAGUGGUUGUACCUGGCUCGAACAAUAUGGCAUACCCCAUUGACAACCGUCCCCAAGCUUACACUGCCCGCCUGCACGACUCCGUGAGUCUCCCUUGCAACCACAACCUGGAGCUGCCUGUUUCUAUCGAAUGGAGCAAGGAAUACUCUCAGCUGCCCCCCAAUGUUAGGCCCAACGACCCGGUACUAAAUCUGGACAGCGUAACUGAAUCGGACGCUGGAACAUACAUCUGCAGAAUAAGCAACAGCCGGGCCGCGAUAGAAACGCGCGCCAUCUUGCGGGUCACCGGCGUAGUUCCCAAGUUCAACGGCGAUGGUUGGAUCUCGUUGCCCACUCUCAAGGACGCCUACAUGCAGUUCGAUAUCGAGAUAUCGUUCAAACCUAACGACCCUAACGGCUUGAUUUUGUACAACGGUCAAAACGACGACCGCACAGGCGACUACUUGGCACUUCAACUCAUAGACGGCGUUCCAACAUUCUCAUUUGAUACAGGAAGUGGCCCACUUUCAGUAUCGGGCGACCGUCCCUUGCAACUCAACGCUUGGCAUACUAUCCGACUCAGCAGGACCAACUCUAAAGUAACAAUGGAUGUGGACAACAAGGGUCCGUUCAUGACCGAAUCGUCUAUGCAAUGGGACGUUCUCGAUCUGAAACAACCCUUGUACAUUGGAGGUGUUCCCGACUUGAACAGACUUCCCAGCUCGCUCGCCGGCGCUUCUGGCUUCAUCGGUUGCGUGAGCAUGCUGAUCCUCGGCAGAGAAGAAAAGAACAUAAUGGUCGACAGCCUCGACAGAUACGGCAUAAUGGAGUGUGACUCGUGCGUUCCCAACUUAUGUCUACACGACGGAGUUUGCCAGGAGGCUCGUAACGAGAGAGGCUAUCUGUGCCUUUGUGCCGCUGGUUACGCCGGUCUCAACUGCGACAGAACCGGAGAGGCUUGCCGUCCAGGAAUCUGCGGGCCCGGCAAAUGUACGGACACGGUUGACGGUUACAAGUGCGCUUGUCCGGUCACUUACACUGGCAGGAACUGCGAACAGAAACAAACCAUUGAGUACCCAGCGUUCACUGGCAGUGCCUACCUAGCAAUCAAGCUGCCUAGGACAUCUCGACGGUAUUUCCGCAUGUCUAUGAAGGUCAAAGCCACGUCUCCAGUCACUGACGGCAUCAUAAUGUACUGCAAGGCUCGAGGUGGAGGCUUCACGGCUCUGACCGUCCAUAACGGCAAACUGGAAUUCCGCUUUGAUCUUGGCGAUGGAAACCCAGUGGUGCUGACCAGCAACAAGACCCUGCCCGCUAACGAAUGGACGGACAUACAUAUCGCACGCGUGGGCGCCGAUGUCUCUAUGAAAAUAAACAUGGUCGACAGCUACGAGCAGAAACUCACGUCGUAUAAGACGGAGGUUAUCCUCGAUACACCGAUGUUCGUUGGAGGCGUGGAUGAAUCCGUGAUCCUCGACAACAGUACCGGAGUCACGGGUGGAUUUAGCGGAUGCAUCAAAGAAGUACGUCUCCACGGAGAUCAAGUUGACAUCGUGAACUCUUCUAUCCAAUCUGCAAACGUUCAAGAAUGCCCUAACUACGACCGCGGUGACAUCCCUGAGGUGGACAGCAUUUGCAGCCUCUGCCGCAACGGAGGCAGAUGUACCUCUUUUGACGCAACAGCUUGCACUUGUCCCGCUGGUUUCACGGGAACAUACUGCGAGACCCGCACUUCAUAUCGGCAGCCCACUAUUGACCCUUGUGCGGCCCAGCCUUGCCGCAAUGGUGGAACCUGCAAGACCGACAGAAGCUCCAGAAUGAACUACUCGUGUGAUUGCCCCUUAGGAUACGCUGGCGCUAAUUGUCAGAUGCCUCUGGAGUUGCUGCAGAGCGUCGGCUUCAACGGAAACGGAUAUCUGGAACUGCCUUCUAGUCUCUUGCGUUACGACCAGCUGGACGUAGACCCGGCGGUGAUAGCCCUCGCCAUGCACACCUUCAACGAUGGCGUGCUGCUCUACCAACACGAAAUUCAAGCGCCACCAUACUCCGGAGAUUACAUCAUGAUCAGAAUUGAGAACGGCAUUAUCGUGAUGGAUUGGGACCUUGGCAGUGGACUCUCUACUCUUCGCAUGGAGGGUGUUCACGUCAACGACGGAGAACGUCACGAGAUCAUCGCUAAACUGCUUAGCGACAAUCAAGUGUACCUGUCUGUGGACCAAGAAGCUAAGACCGCAACAUCAACUGGUUUCUCGAACGUCAUGAAUGCCGAUUCGAACAUUUACAUCGGUGGCAUACCAGAACGCAUCAACUACCAGAACUACCCGGGACUAACUGGCUGCAUUGAGCAAGUGGAAUUUAUGAGUGCCAACCGUGGACUCAACCUUGGCAACAUUGCCGUCGCUGGCAGAAACACUCAGCGCUGCAGGGAGUGA